UCUCGCGAGAAUUAACACGAAGGGCCCUUUUGAAUACAGGCUGGAAACCCUGUAUCUCUCUUUCCUUUAGCUGUCCACGAGCAAGAUGCCUGGUGUCACAGUGAAAGACGUCAACCAGCAGGAGUUUGUCCGUGCGCUGUCAGCCUUCCUUAAAAAGUCUGGGAAGCUGAAGGUCCCAGAAUGGGUGGACACUGUGAAGCUGGCUAAGCACAAAGAGCUGGCCCCCUGUGAUGAGAACUGGUUCUACACCAGAGCUGCUUCCACGGCACGUCACUUGUAUCUGCGUGGUGGCGUUGGUGUUGGCUCCAUGACCAAGAUCUACGGUGGCCGUCAGAGGAAUGGUGUCUGCCCCGCACACUUCAGCCGCGGCUCCAAGAACGUCGCUCGUAAGGUGCUACAGUCCCUUGAGGGGCUGAAGAUGGUGGAGAAGGACCCAAAUGGUGGCCGUAGACUGACUCCCCAGGGCCAGAGAGACCUGGAUAGGAUUGCUGGUCAGGUUGCAGCUGCAAACAAGAAAUCUUGAAUGAUAUAAUAAAUAAUUUGAAACCAA